AGUAUUUGGGGCGCCGGUUGCGCAGCGACCGACUGAGGGGCUCUGGGUCCCUUCUUCGUUUGGAUUAUCCGGGCGGGGUCGGUUGUUUUUCCUCAGCUUUCCAGUGGUCGAGAGCCGCCGCCGCCGCCAUGGGGAAAAGGCAGCACCAGAAGGACAAGAUGUACAUAACAUGUACAGAAUAUACACAUUUUUAUGGAGGAAAGAAAGCAGAAAUUCCACAGUCCAACUUCAGACGUCUCCCUUUUGAUCACUGCAGCUUAUCUCUGCAGCCAUUUGAAUAUCCUGUUUGCACUCUGGAAGGAACCAUCUUUGACCUACUAAAUAUUGUUCCAUGGAUAAAGAAGUAUGGAACGAAUCCCAGCACAGGGGAGAAACUGGACGCCAAAUCUCUCAUCAAGCUGGAAUUCGCUAAAAACAAGGAUGGUAAAUACCACUGUCCAGUGCUCUUCACCGUGUUCACCAAUAAUUCCCACAUCGUGGCCAUCAAAACGACUGGGAACGUGUUUGCUUAUGAGGCAGUUGAGCAGUUGAAUAUAAAAACCAAAACCUUCAAGGAUCUGUUAACUGACGAACUCUUCACUAGGCAAGAUAUUAUCACGCUACAGGAUCCAACCAACUUGGACAAAUUCAACGUGUCCAGCUUCUUCCAUGUGAAGAACAACUUGAAAGUGACCGAUCCAGACGAGGAGAAAGCAAAAUCAGACCCAUCCUAUUACCUGAAAAAUGCGAACAUUGAGACGCGGGAAACACUGUCGGAACUUUACAAAGAAUUCAAAGGGGACGAAGUUCUGGCCGCGACGAUGAAGGCUCCGGAGAAGAAGAAAGUCGAUAAGCUGAAUGCCGCUCACUAUUCCACAGGCAAAGUGAGCGCCUCUUUCACGUCAACCGCCAUGGCUCCUGAAACGACACACGAAGCAGCCGCCAUCGAUGACGACGUGGUGCGGUACCAGUAUGUGAAGAAGAAGGGUUAUGUUCGGUUGCACACCAACAAGGGGGAUCUCAACUUGGAGUUGCAUUGUGACAUGACUGCUAAAACCUGUGAGAACUUUAUUAAGCUAUGCAAGAAGAAUUACUAUGAUGGGACCAUUUUCCACAGAUCAAUCCGUAAUUUUGUGAUCCAAGGAGGAGAUCCAACUGGAACAGGAACGGGAGGAGAGUCAAUUUGGGGGAAACCUUUCAAGGACGAGUUCAAGCCCAACCUGUCUCACAAAGGCCGUGGCGUCCUCAGUAUGGCCAACACAGGACCCAACAAUAACAAGUCCCAAUUCUUCAUCACAUUCCGCUCCUGUGCGUACCUGGACAAGAAGCACACGGUGUUUGGAAGAGUGGUUGGCGGUUUUGAGACCCUGACGGCGAUGGAGAAUGUGGAGAGCGAUCCCAAAACUGACCGUCCCAAGGAGGAAAUAAGAAUCAAGUCAACAACUGUUUUUGUGGAUCCAUAUGAAGAAGCAGAUGCUCAGGUUGCUAAAGAAAGAGAGAAGGCCCAGCAAGAGGAGAAGGCAGCAAAGGGGGAGACCAAAGCAGCGGCCCCCAAAGAGGAGCGGCACACUCCGAAAACUUACCGCCAGGGCGUCGGGAAGUACAUUAAUAUCGCUGCAGCGAAGCGAGCAGGAGAUGACGACGGACCAUCCACCAGCACGGCUGCAAAGAAAGAGAAGAAAAACACCGGCUUUGGGGAUUUCAGCUCCUGGUAGCCAAUUUUAAGAUGGCCAACCCUAAAGUACCCACCCGUAGCCCAGCCUGGAUUUGCUGGCGUUUUGCUCCUGAUUCCACAGCAGGCACACACAGACACCCGCACCCAACGUUUCCCUAACGUCCCCUAAUUUAACUUAGUUUCCUUGGCAGCUCUCUCUUCUCUCCUUUUGUUUCGUGGUGAGUGUUUGCACUCUGUGAUUCAAGGAUGACUCUUACGCAUGGCUGCUCAGCAGAUCUGUCUGUAGGACAUAAGAGGAUGCUUAAACAGAUGAAUGAGGUUCGAUUCUAGACUGAAAUGGGUCAUUGCCAGAUGGAGGAGGAGGAGGAGGAGGCAUCACUGGCUUAGUAGCAUCCCUUGCUCUUUCCACGCAAGUAUUGAAGAGCUUAGGAAGCAGCGGUCCAGACCGCUCUGCAGGGGCUGCUUUUGUGCAGGGAGACGCAAAUUCAAAACUCCACCCGGCCCCAUGGGGAGAUGUCAGUUUUAAGAAGAGACACGCCUGGGUAAUGCUGCAGUCCCGUUGCCCUGCCUCAAACGGGGCCUGAGCCCUCACAGUCCCUGGGCUACUGGCUUUUGCUAGGAAGGCUGCUUUUGGAUGCCUGGGAUGAAGCUGUUGCUGCACAGGAAGGUGACCUUUAGAGUAGAGGUAUCAUAGGGUGGGCAUGGUUAGUGAGGCCUUUCCUUGCCCCCAGGAUUUCCACUUGAAAUCCUCCCUGCUGCCUAUAAAGGGCUUUUGACUCUCUGGAGUUCCAGAUGGGUUUUUGGAAGGGCGAAUCCUGCUUGUCUGCUCAAAGCGGCUUUUCCUUAACAAACGGCAAAUCAUUUCUGUGCAAUUCGUCUCCUGAUGAAAAUGGGCAGAGUUGUGGCAGUUAAGGUGGGACCAGAGCGCCACAUUUGCUAGCACAGCCGCCCCUAACCUGGUACCCUCCAGAUGUGUUGGAAUACAAUUCCCAUCGUGCUGGAUGGGGAUGAUGGAAGUUGCAGUCCUAACAGGUCUGGGGGGCACCAGGUGUGCUAAAGCAAAGGUGCUGGCUGAGGAAAUGCGUUACGCCAAUUUGGGGCAAAAUUGCUAAAGUAUAUUUCAUGCAAAUGAAUGAUAACAAAAGCAAUAUUAAAGACAAAGCAAAUAAAAUCUCCCCCCCCACACACACACAAAAUAGGUGUCCAUAUUGUCAGUGAAAAAUAUUCUCUCUGUUAGCAGGGAGGUAUAAUAGAAGAUCGAGAACUGCACGUUCAUUCAUUACUACUUAUUCACUAUCCCAAAACGGGAGCAAACUACAUCUCUUGGCUCAGUUUCAUCCACCAUCAAGCUAUCUUUACGGCGGAACCGCAAAAGGAGACGGUGAAAUACUUACACGGUCUGUUUGCAACGAUGAGCUGAGAGCCCCUCUCAAGGACUAUAUUGCUUUAGAAAAUAACAUUUUGUAAAUUGCAAUACUGCCUUGUCUAUGGGGGUGGGGGUGGGGGGAAUCCCUUGAUACAAAAUUGUAGCGGGAGAAAUUCUGUGAAAUAUUUUUCAAUAAAGGUGUACAUUUUCA